CAAGCACGAUAUUUUGAAUUUCAUGCCAAGGCGUAAGGGAUACCUACCUAACCUAAUAGUGUAUUGCAACAUAACCCCCAAACGAAAGCCCCUGUCAGAUGGUAUAUAACCCUUGAUUAAACUUUCAAUCGAUUAGUGUUAUUUUGCUAGCUUUCCGUUUAAUCAGGGUCUCGUCUUGGUGCAGCAUGUCUUCCGCAACAGGCAACUCAUUGGGCGACAACAGCGAGAACCGUGGACCACCACUCCGCAUCUAUGUCGUUAUCCUAUUCGUCGUCGCGCUCAUCGCGACUGGUUUGCGGUUCUGGUCGCGAGCCCUCUAUGUACCUCAAAGCAGACAAUUCCAUCGCUUUUGGUGGGAUGACUGGAUUGCUUUGGCGGCCGCGGCGGCCUUCACAUUGGAAGUAAUAGUUACACUUCUGAUGAUUGAAAGCGGCCUAGGCCUUCAUAUCUGGGCUUUGUCAAUGCCCCAGCUUGCGAGCCUGUUCAAAUACGUGUAUGCGUUCCAAUUUGUCUAUGCCAUUACAAUUCCUCUCAGCAAGGCGUCUGCAUUGCUGUUUCUCAAACGCAUCUUUCCCGAUUAUGAGAAAACCGCGUGGUUCAACGUCAUCGUGUGGGUUACACAUGCCCUCAACGUCGGGUGGUUCGUUGGAAUCGUCGUCGCCUCGUUCUUGAAUUGUGAUCCCGUCGAAAAGAAUUGGAAACCUUGGGUGCCAGGGACAUGCCGACCUACACAUGAGCUGUAUUUGGGAAGCGCAGUAACAAGUGUAUUUAUCGACCUUAUCAUCCUUCUACUGCCUAUGCCUCGGGUCUGGCGCCUUCGAAUUGGGUUCGCUCGGCGGUGUGCAGUUACAGCUAUAUUUGCAUUAGGAUAUACCGUGGUUAUUGCGUCAAUUGGACGUCUAGUAGUUACUGAUACCAAAGCCACUGGAUUGGAAACGGAUUUUUCAUACGGAGGCUUAGAUGUGUUCUACUGGACAUUUGCCGAAUCAGCAACUCUUAUAUUGUGCAUCAGUCUACCAGCUAUGCCUAACUUGAUUUACUACUUGUGCGAAGAUUCUUGGUACCGUACGGGCAAAAGGUUCCUUUCUUUGUUCCGUUGCGGGCGUUUGAAAAGAAAUCCCCAGGAAACCAGAGAGGGCAAGGCUUUAUAUGCUACUACCAACGAAUAAUUCGUUUAAACGAUCCCCAUUUCCUACAAAAAACAAUGGGCGGUAGAAGUUGCAAUAUUAGGAACUCGGUUCGAGAGUCUAUGCUGACUUAUCAUGCGGGUUAAUUAUGGCGGUACGGUCUACCUUGUAGCCGCUGGGUCUUGAGUCUAUAGAUAAACUGAGGGUUACCCCCCCUUGUUGACCUGAUAGUGGCCAAAGCUUUUGUAGGUAGAAUUUUCUUUGGGGUACAUCUAACGCGUCUCCCACUUGACCUGGCUACCCAAUUGACCUAGCCACCCAAUUAACCUAGCCACCCAAUUAACCUAGCCACCCCCUUAACCUAUAUAAAAACCUAAUGUUUUAAUUUAUAAUAACUUAACCAAUA